GACGUGAACGCAGCACAAACAACACUUCGCUCUCCAGUUCCUGGUCGGUUGUGCGUCUGUAGUUCGCGGUUAAUUGUGUCAGUGUUUGUGGGAUAAAAGUGGCUUUCCCGUGGCAGGUCUGAGUGCGGAGCUCCUCCCGGCUGAAGUCACGACGGGAGCCCGGGACGUAGGCGGUCUGUUUGGGCUCUGAUGGCUGUGGGAGUCGCGGAGAGUCGGGAUGUUUUCAAGCAACAUGGAAACAAAAAGAGUGGAGAUCCCCUCCAGCGUGCUGGACGACCUCUGCAGCCGCUUCAUCCUGCACAUCCCCAGUGAGGAGCGGGACAACGCCAUCCGGGUGUGCUUCCAGAUCGAGCUGGCCCACUGGUUCUACCUGGACUUCUGCAUGCAGAACACCCCGGGGGCGCCUCACUGCGGGAUCCGAGACUUCGCCAAAGCUGUCUUCCAGCAUUGUCCGUUCCUGCUGCCUCAUGGAGAAGACGUGCAGAAGGUCCUGGAGCAGUGGAAAGAGUACAAGAUGGGAGUUCCCACGCACGGCGCCAUCAUUCUGGACGAAACGCUGGAAAACGUGCUGCUCGUUCAGGGAUAUCUGGCCAAGUCGGGCUGGGGCUUCCCGAAGGGGAAGGUCAACGAGGACGAGGCGCCGUACGACUGUGCGGUUCGGGAGGUGUUGGAGGAGACGGGCUUCGACAUCAAGAACCGCAUCAGUAAAGACCGCUACAUCGAGCAGAAGAUCACAGACCAGCUGGUGCGGCUCUACAUCAUCCCGGGGGUGUCCAAAGACACCAAGUUCUACCCCAAGACCAGGAAGGAGAUCAGGAACAUUGAAUGGUUUCCUAUCGAGAAGCUGCCCUGUCACAGGAAUGACAUGACCCCCAAGUCCAAGCUGGGUCUGGCCCCCAACAGGUUUUUCAUGGCCAUUCCCUUCAUCAGACCGCUGCGGGAGUGGAUCAGCAAGCUGAAGGGAGAGUCUCCAGACAGCGACGAGGACUCGGCGAGCAACAGCAACACUCCGGCCAAAGCCUCGGACGGCGUUUGGUCUAAAUCUCGCCACCUCGCUGGCGUGGAAUCACUUCCUGCAGAGGGCUGGAAGAACAAGCAGAAGCCUGUGGGCCAGCUGAGCCAGUAUGAAGUGAACCAGAAGCCAAACCUGAAGGGCAAUGGGAAGAAAGGUCAGGACUCGCCGUACGUGAGGAAAGGAGCCGCUGACAACGGAGCCGGCGGCCAUCAGAUGAAAGCCGUCUACAAGGAAGAUAAGAGGCUUCACCCCAGAAGACUCCAGGACAGCUUCGACAGAGACGUGAACCCCGGCAGCUCCGGCGGCCAGCAGAGCGGCGAGCACCUGCUGUCCUCCAAAACCUUCCUCAACUUCAAGUUUGACAGAGAAGCCAUCAUGAAGUGUUUCGACUACUGAGCGAGCCGGCGGCGCCUCCCCAGCCUCGUGAGGGCUUUCGGAGACACACGUCGGGAGUGGGGAAGCCGCCGGUCCGCUCCAGGAAGGAGUCGUUUCCGCUUCUGAAUCCAGAGUUACUGAGGUCUCAGUCGGUAGGACAGACACGUGGAAUAAAAACUGAUUUUAAGUGUGUUCAUAGUGACACUGAAAACUGAAAAAAACACUUUAACAUGUCUUUGAUUUUAAGAUGGCAAAAUUUAGAGCAGAACAGAGAUCACCGUCAGAGACAGAAGCCAUCAUAAGGCGGGUUGUAGAGAAGCCUGCUGGUGAUCAGCUCUGUUCCUGCUGAACAGAACCCAGUGGGGAAGUGUGCCGGCCUGCGGGGCUUCGAAGCCCUGAUUCGAUGUGUUGGAUGUCAGCUUUUUAACAGUUUCAUUGGCUCCGCUGCCGCACAUUGAUUGACUCCCUUUUAAACCGGCGGUCCAUUUGAUUUUAGUCAGAAGUGAAGAAUGUGGAAUGAAAUGAAUUCACUGGGGAAGGUGGAAACGUGAGGUCUCUGUGAAUUCACCGCUGCAGCUGAAUGUCCGUCAGUCAGCGUUACGGAGCAGGAAGGAUGUCCCGGACUGCUAGAAUAAAAUUCCUCGAUGUUUGAGUGCAGAAGCUGAUGACGCUGCGGGUUUUCCGAGGCUCCUGGCUCGUGUGUGAAUGUGAAGAGGCGCCGUUACAGUUGUGUCACCGUUUGUACGCCUCCUGUUAGUGUGCAUCCCUACGAGAAGCAGUAACUGUGAGUCUUCACCUCAGGUGGUCCUCAGCUGCUCACCAGUCUUCACACCAUGGGUGUAAUUCACCCUGCAUCUCGACUGACAGGCUGAGAGUCUUUUCGUUCAGCACUGUGACUCCUGAACUCUACAGACUCAUAAAACGACAGCGUGGCGUAUUGAGAGAGCCAGCUGAGAGGCCCGAAUGACGUGGAGGUGAAGACAGACAGUCACCGGUCUUUGUAGACACGCACACACAUUUACAUUUCCACAUACGAGUCUGUGCACUCGCUACUCUGAGCGCACUCCAGCGUACGUGUUGAAGAAACAGAAUCACUCUGUUGCUCUGUGUCAUGUGAUAGAAGAGAUCUGUGUUGCCUUAAAACGAGCCUCAGCUAACUGCGCCCCGUCUCCCUGGAGCUGCUCCGCAGAACGUCUGCCCCUCGACGUUUUUCUUUUUUUACCUCCCACCACUCAGCUGCUGUGAAAGCAGGAGCAUGGGUGAGACCCGGGCGACGCACCACGACGCUGGACCACGCUUUUAAAUGCUGUGAGCAGGAAAGGAUGUUUUUACAGGAGAAUCCCUCAGAGGGCCACAUCAGCCUGACUGGAGAUUUGCAGCCACUGGUUCGCCGGACGUGUUUCAGCAGCGAGCGCAGCGCUCACACUUCCUGAGCGGAGGCCACAGGCCUGAGAGACUGAACCUGAACGUCAGAUCUUGCUCGUGCUGUUUGUCACUGAGGGUUUUGGUGAAGAUGUACAGACAGUGAUUUCAUGUGUUCUGGUUUUGUUGGGUCUUUAAAUGUGAAUAUUAGUCUAUUUUUUCACAACUAACCUGCAUAAUAAAGGUGCAUUACAGAA